AUGCCAUCCUGGACCAACCACCCCUCCGGCACGAUGGCAGCCGCGGAACUGACCUCGCCAGGCGCAUCCCCACCCUCAGCCUGCUUCAGCUACACCACAGCCUACCCUCGGCCCACGGUCCCGUCUUCAGAGUGGACACUGGUGCGCGUGAAAGCACUAGGGUUGAACCGCGCCGAGCUACGCUCACGCGCAAACCUGCCCCCGGCCCUUCCGGAAUUCAACAUCUUCCAGGCCGAAUACCACGUCGACCCGCCGAAGGUGCUGGGAGAAGAGUUCGUCGGCGUCGUCGAGGAGGCGGGCGCCGAGUCUGGGUUUCGCAUUGGCGAAUCCGUCGCCGGUUUUAUCUACGGUGGUGGCAAGGCGCAUGAUGGGAGCUACGCCGAGUUCACGCUGUGUCAUCGCCGGAGGAUCGUUGUGGCCGCGGUGCCCAUGAGCAUGGUCACUGCGUAUGGGUGUAUCGUGCUCGCGGGCGGGUUGGAGCGGAGGCCUGAGGGAAGUACGGUCUUGGUGCAUGGUGGAUCCUCGAGUGUGGGUGUGUAG